AUGUGCUGGACCACUCCACAAGGCUGGAUACUCCUGGCCCGCGCCCGGGACCAAGACGCGGCGGUCUCUUCAGCUUGCCUAUGGAACCCUAGCACCGGCGACAAGCUUCCGUUACCAGAUAUCAUCACACAUGAAAUCCCGUACCACAACAGGUGCAUGCUCUCCACAAGGACCCAACUCAUCCAGGAUGUGUCGCCGUGCUCUUCAGUUAUGAAACACCGGACUUCGGGUAUUGUCACAGCGCUGGUGAAGGCGGCCAGAACAACGGCAUCAGUUGGAGACAUCACUCCUACGACAUCGGUAAUUGUGCUUCUGUACAAGCCACCAAAGGGAAAAAAGGCACGCCGUAGUAUCUGUCCUAUCAAGAGAGUCAUCCCCGUAAUGGCUUCCUUGCAAGAGAAAAUCUACUUUAGCAAAUCGUCGUCUAAAGACAAUAUGUGCGCCAUAGAUUUCUCAUCCUGCACUUCCACAACAAAUCAUAACCACCCUAGGUUCCAAAAGUUCAACUUCCCUUUCGUCGACCUCCCCGGAGAAUUGUCCUCAGGCAAAAAGUGGUUGGUUGAGUCGCAAGAUCAACUCUUUGCCGUCACCAUGGGCUUCACAUUGCCUUUAAUCCAAACAAUAUUGGCGCCAUAG